AUGGCUCUUGCGUCCACGCAAAUGGCUUCGCCGCUUUUGGCCGAGGAUGCCAGUGGUGCGCAGCAGGGACAGACGUUCGCCUUCCGUGUGGAGGGAAUGAAGUGCAACUCCUGCGCUCGCAAGAUCCGCGCAGCGCUACAGGCCCUGCAGUGGCCUUCCAUCGCCGACAUUGUCGUCGAAGUGCCCAAGGACUUCGUGCAGGUGCAUGUCGCAGACGUUGCCGAAAGGCCAGCUGCAGCAUCGGCGGCCAUCGUUUCGGCUAUCGAGGCACUGGGGAUGGUGGUGUCGGAGUGGACUGGCGAAGCAGCAAGUGCCUCCAGAGAAGGCGCCCAGCCAGCAGAUGUGGGCCAUGAGCCGGCCGUAGAGGUGGACUACGAGGUCCUCGGCAUGAAAUGCGGGUCCUGCGUCAGCAAG